UUGACUCCUGUGUGAGAGGGGGGGCAGAGCAGGACAAAGCGGGGAUGUUGGAGGAAGGAAGAGCUCCAUCCAUCACUUCCACCUCUGCUCUCCUGCAGUUUGAAGGUUUGAGUUCACAUCUAGUAAAAACUGCCGUUUGAAUCCGGAUUGAGAUCCUCCUCCUUCUGCUGGUGCUGAUGCUGCGGAGGCGCUGAACAUCUCCAGACAUGAAUCCGGCGGAGCAGACGGUAACGUGGCUCAUCACUCUGGGAGUUCUGGACUCUCCAAAGAAGAGCGUCUCGGAUCCGGAGGCUUUCCUGCAGACGUCGCUGCGGGACGGAGCGGUGCUGUGCCGGCUGCUGGAGCGGCUCCGACCCGGGACGGUGGACAGAUUUUUCCAGGAGCCGAGGAGCGACAGCGACUUUCAGAAGAACAUCGCCGAGUUUCUCAAAGGUUUGGCGGCGUUCGGGGUGGAGCCUUUUGAGGUCAGCGACCUGCUGCAGGGGCUGAACUUCUCCAAGGUGCUCAACUCCCUGGUUGCUCUCAACAAAGCUACUGAAGGUGUGGGCGUUUCUGGGGACGGCGGUGGCGUGCCGCACUCCUCCGGCUCCAGGAUCAAGUCGUUCGACUCCCUGAACACUCAGGGCCGCUCCUCCAAGCUGCUGCUGCCCCAGUACCGCAGCCUGGACAUGUCGGAGGGCAGUGGGUGUGGCCAGCUGCUGGUGAAGGCGCGCUUCCCCUUCCAGCAGACCAACGAGGACGAGCUGUCCUUCUCCAAGGGCGACGUCAUCGUGGUGAGGCGGCAGGAGGAGGGGGGCUGGUGGGAAGGCUCGCUCAACGGCAAGACGGGGUGGUUCCCCAGCAACUACGUACGGGAGCUGAAGGGGUGCGACAAAACAGCCGACAAACCCAAGUCUGGGACGCUGAAAAGUCCGCCCAAAGGCUUCGACACCAGCAUCAUCAGUAAAACCUACUACAAUGUGGUUCUGCAGAACAUUCUGGAAGCAGAGACGGAGUACUCCAGGGAGCUGCAGAGCCUGCUGGGUUCCUACCUUCGCUCGCUUCAGCCCACAGACAGACUCAGCAGCGGAGACAUAAACCACAUUCAGGCCAAUCUGGAGGAGAUCUCAACCUUCCAGCAGAUGCUGGUUCAGUCUCUGGACGAACAGACAAAACUUCCUGAGCACCAGCAGAGGAUCGGCGGCUUCUUCCUCAGCCUGAUGCCUCAGAUGAAAACCAUCUAUGUGUCUUACUGCUCCAACCACCCGUCUGCUGUCAGCGUCCUCACACAGCACAGCGAGGAGCUGGGGGGGUUCAUGGAGUCCAAAGGGGCGUCCAGUCCGGGCAUCCUGGCGCUGACCACCAGUCUGAGCAGACCCUUCACCAGGCUGGAGAGGUACCCGGCGCUGCUGAAGGAGCUGGAGAGACACAUGGAAGAGCAACACCCGGACAGAGCCGACCUCCAUGCUGUCAUGGCGGCCUUCAAGCACCUCGCCGCUGAGUGUCAGGAGGUGAGGAAGAAGAAGGACCUGGAGCUGCAGAUUCUGACAGAACCCAUCCGGAACUGGGAGGGAGACGACAUUAAAACUCUGGGCGCGGUUCUUCACAUGUCGCAGGUCACGGUUCACUCCCAGAACUGCCAGGAGGUAAAUGAACGUUUCCUGGUCCUGUUCCCUCACACUCUGCUCAUGCUCUCUGCCAGCCUGAGGAUGAGCGGCUUCAUCUACCAGGGGAGGAUUCCGCUAUCAGGGAUGCUCAUUUCCAGAAUCGAAGAUGGAGAAAACUUGAGGAACGCGUUUGAAAUCUCAGCAGGUGGGCAGUGCGAGCGGAUGCAGGUGGCCUGUAACAGCCAGCGGGACCUGCAGGACUGGCUGGACCUCCUCACCAAACACACGCACACCCCCGCACACCCGCACAGGCCUUCCUGUCACACGCUGCCGACUCACACCGUCACGUCCUCCAGACACUCAGACGCCCGGGGGGGAAGCAGCGCCUACCACACUCUGCCUCACCUGUCCUCCUAUGAAAGCGUCACCCCCACCUGGGGGCCCCUGGAGCCGCCCAGCACGCCCAAACCGUGGAGCCUCAGCUGCCUGCGGCCCGCGCCGCCGCUCCGGCCGUCUGCGGCGCUCUGCUUCAAGGAGGACAUGAGCAAAAGUCCCAAAAACAUGAAGAAGCUGCUGCCUAAGAGGAAACCAGAGAGGAAGCCUUCAGAGGAGGACUUCACAGUGAGGAAGAGUACGGCCGCUCUGGAGGAGGACGCUCAGAUUCUGAAGGUGAUCGAGGCGUACUGCACGAGCGCCAAGACGCGGCAGACCCUCAACUCCACCUGGCAAGGGACUGACCUCAUGCACAACCACGUGCUUGCUGACAGCAGUCUGGCCCCCGCUGGUCUCCCUGGCAACCAGCCAUGCUCAGACCAGUCCGAGGACUCGGAUUACGACAGUAUCUGGACGGCGCACAGUCACAGGACCGCGUCGUUCUCUCGAUCCAGCAGAAAAGACGUUCAAAUGUUGUUUCCUGAGGAGGAGAAGAUCAUCGUGGAGGAAACCAGGAGCAACGGGCAGACGGUGGUGGAGGAGAGGAGUCUGGUGGACACGGUCUACAGCCUGAAGGAUGAAGUCCAGGAGCUCAAGCAGGACAACAAGAGGAUGAAGCGGACGCUGGAGGAGGAGCAGCGGGCCCGGAAGGAGCUGGAGAGGAUCGUCCGGAGGGUUCUGAAGAACAUGAACGACCCGACGUGGGACGAGACCAACCUGUGAGGUUGGGAGCUUUCCUCCGCCGCAGGAGGAAGCGGGCCGUCUUCAGCCCUCACUCUGUGCCAAACUGUGGACCAAGACGACACCAGAACCAGGACCUGAAAGCUGUGACGCCGCCACUUCCUGCUGUACUUCCUGUCAUACUAAUGAUGAUUUCCUCUGUUUUUUUGAUUGUUUUUGUCAUUAGUUGGUGCAGUUAUCCUCCUGGUGCAUGUAGGUUUCUACAUUUCUCAUUUCCUGUGAACUUUCUGGCUCUUUACCUGCUAAGAAACCAAAAGAAACUGGAGUUCACAAACGUGUUUGUUCAACUUUUCUUUCUUUUAUACAUUUAUUAGACCAAAAUGAAUAUUUAAACAUAUUUAACAACCUUUAUAUUGAUUCUCUCAGGACUUGAAGGCAUCUGUUCAUCUGCAUUCAUCUGAAACCACUCGGAGCAAUAAUCCCAGACCAGAAGAACAUGUCACACUCCAGAAACCACACCUCUUACAUCACAGAAGGACCUUUACGCCUUGAGAAUCCACAAGGAAAUAUUUUAGUCUUCGUUUUUCAAAAUAAAACUUAAAUGUUUCACAUUUUUUUGUCUAAUAUGCAAAAAAAAAAAUCAAAAUUUACGCUUGUAACUCACUGUAGGUGAAAUAAAAAUAGUCGACUAGUCGACGAUUAUUUUCCCGAUUAGUCGUUAAUUCCAGAUUAUUCUCCCAUUUAGUCGGCUAGUCACAGAUAAUUUUCCUGAAGCGUCGACUAAUCACCAGUUAUGACGGCCUUAAGUUUAACUAAGAAAUGUAUCAGAUAUGUAUCGAUUAAAAAAAAAUAAAGAUGUUUGUGCAGUUUUUUAAAAAUAGUAAACAUUUUAAGGAAAUGACUAGACUGCACUGCAUCCUCAUAAUGGAAAGGUGUUGAAUUUAGCAGAGCCAAAAAGACAAAAAACACUUUGUUUUUCUUCAAACCAAAGUUACGUUUGUGUGCUUUCUUUUAUAUUUUUCUGUUUUUACUCUCUUUAUGUUCAUUUUUUUACUCGUCACUCUGCAUCUUAACCUUCCAUAAAGUCAUAAAACAAGAGCUCAAACUCUAUUUCUGUUUAAUACGACGCCAAAAUGUUGACGCUGACGGCGAGGAACCAAGAUGCUGCCAUAUUUACCCCCACCCCUCUAUUUAUUACCCCCACCCGUCGUUCUGUGAAUAAAGUCAUCAUGAACUCUGAAA